GCUAUCCAAUCAGAAGGCGCCUCAUAUCCCAACCAGGAAGAGUGUGCGGACCGACCUGUUAACUCUUGCCAUGCCGCCUAGGUGGAGGGAGCUGCGUUUUUAAGAGCCCGGAUAACGGACGCUGACCAUUCCAUUGUACGGCAAUGGCAGACCAUAUUGCAGAUACCGUAGCCUGUCCAACUCUUGAUGAUCAGAGAAUUGUUAUCCUAAAUAUUUAUCCUGAAACCCAGGAUGGCUCAGACACUGAGGAAGAGGUCACUCAGUUAAAUGUGGGUCCAUUAAAAUAUUCCACAACCCUAACCAACAGGCAGAGAGGAAACAUGGUAUCUGUAUUACCAGCAACUUUGGACUCCCUUUCUGUGCAACAGCUUGCAGCCCAGGGAGAGCUGACUCAGUUAAAGGAAUAUCUGCAAAAAGAUGAUACCUUUUUAAACCGACCGGACGAGCGAGGCUUUACUCCUUUAAUGUGGGCGGCUGCUUUUGGUGAGAUAGAGACUGUCCGUUACCUCCUGGAAAUGGGAGCAGACCCCCACAUCCUGGCCAAGGAACGAGAAAGUGCUUUGUCUCUGGCAAGCACUGGAGGAUAUUCCGAUAUUGUGACUUUACUACUGAAUAAGAAAGUAGAUAUUAAUAUUUAUGACUGGAAUGGAGGAACACCAUUACUGUAUGCAGUCAGAGGGAAUCAUGUAAAAUGUGUGGAGGUGUUGUUAGAGCUGGGAGCUGAUUUAACAAUGGAGGCAGAUUCUGGAUAUACUCCAAUGGAUCUUGCUGUUGCACUGGGACAUAAAAAAGUUCAACAGGUAAUCGAAAAUCACAUCCUGAAACUGUUUCAGAAUCAACCAUGAAGGGCAGAAGAGAGAAGACUUGGAGACGUUUGUCAGUUCCCUUUCGUUGGAUGGAGAGAAUAGAAUGUGGACAGUUUCUGUAAUGCACAGAGGACAAUGCAACAUUAACACCUGAUCUCUAACAAUCAAGAAUGGUAUUUAAGCUUCAUCCAAGAAGAGGAAAAUGCUUUAGAUAAACCUAGUCUGUAUUAUUCUGCUUGAAGGAGCAGUAGCCAAUCAUUGCCAUUUUCCUUUCUAAAUGUGCCUUGUCUAACCUUGAAGGUUUGGGCCUCUGUGAGUGGGAAAACAUGAUCUCCAGCAGUAUUAAGUUUGUAAAAUUACAGAAUUAAAGAUAAAAAAAAAUCUCUCAUAACAACAUAUAUACAUACAUGUCAUUUUAGUACCUUCAAAGUUGAAGCCAAGAGAUCAUAUAUAUGACAAACAUGUAGGCCCCAUCCACACUCCGGACAUUCAGCUGGCAGAAUACCACUUGCAGCAUUGAGUCCCAUUGUUUUAAAUAAGAUUCUGCUUCUCUGUGCAUACUGCGAAAUUCUGCCAGCAGAAAGGUCAUCCAUUUAAAGAUUGAACAUGUUCAUUCUUUGGGCAGAAUUUCACCAGAAUUACCAGAAUUACACCUGCUGAAUUUCAGCACUGUGUACACGGCCUUACCCUAUUUUUAAGAUAUAGAUUAUAGUCUUGGCCCUUAGCAAAUACCAGUUGUACACCAAAUCAGGCAAACUGUGUUCCUGUACUAGGAGUACCCUUCCAUAUCUAAUAGUUGCUAGUAGAGGUAAGCACAACUACAAUAUGUGGGCCCGAAAUCAACAGAUACAGAGUGUUAUACCUGACAGCAUAGGGCAACCUUGGAACAACUUCAGACUUGACAUGUCCAUGACCGAGCUGUUUUGGUUUCCGGCUUACAUAGUGUAGUUUUGCUUACCUCUAGAUGCUAUUUUAAAGCUCUUUUACAUGUUCACUAUUGAUGUUUGAAUGAAAUUUCUAGGCAGCUGGUAUUUAAAAAGAAAAUUCCUCUAAAAUUAAAUGGGAAUGAUCUGUCAUACAGAUCACAUUGCUAGGUCUAAUUUGAUUACAUAUUGUAGUCUAAAGCCACAAGAAAUUAUGCUAGGGCUGUGAAAAAAGCACAUGUACAGUGCCUUACAAAAGAAUUCACCCCCCUUGACUUUUUUGUAUUUUGGUACAUUACAGCCUUAAGUUCAAUGUUUUGUUAACCUGAAUUUUAUGUGAUGGAUCAGAACACAAUAGUCUAAGUUGGUGAAGUGAAAUGAGAAAAAUAUAUAAAUAAAACUAUUUAGAAAUAGAAAACAGAAAAUUGCCAUGUGCGUUUGUAUUCACCCCCUUUGAAGUCACAUAAUUAGUGAAAUGAUGUCCACCUGUGUGCAAUCUUAGUGUCACAUGAUCUGUCAUUACAUAUACACACCUUUUCUGAAAGGCCCCAGAUGCUGCAACACCUAAGCAAGCAAGAGGCAUCCGUAACCAAACACUGCCAUGAAGACCAAGGAACUCUCCAAACAAGUAAGGGACAAUGUUGUUAAGUACAAGUCAGGGUUAGGUUAUAAAAAAAUGUACAAAUCUUUGAUGAUCCCAAAGAGCACCUUCAAAUCUAUCAUAACCAAAUGGAAAGAACAUGGCACAACAGCAAACCUGCCAAGAGACGGCCGCCCACCAAAACUCACGGACCAGGCAAGGAGGGCAUUAAUCAGAGAGGCAGCACAGAGACCUAAGGUAACCCUGGAGUUCCACAGCAGAGACUGGAGUAUCUGUAGAAUAAGCUGUACGCUCCAUAGAGUUGGGCUUUAUGGCCAGAAGAAAGCCAUUACUUUCAGCUAAAAACAAAAAGGCAUGUUCUGAGUAUGUGAAAAAGCAUCUGGCAGACUCCCAAAAUGUAUGGAGGAAGGUGCUCUGGUCUGAUGAGACUAAAAUUAAACUUUUUGGUCAUCAAAGAAAACGCUAUGUCUGGCACAAACCAAACACAUCACAUCACAGCAUCAGUUUUUUAGCAGCCGGGACUGGGAAACUGGUCAGAGUUGAGGGAAAGAUGGAUGGUGCUAAAUACAAGGAUAUUCUUGAGCAAAACCUGUACCACUCUGCAUGAUUUGAGGCUUGGAUGGAGGUUCACCUUCCAGCAGGAAAAUGACCCCAAACACACUGCUAAAGCAACACUUGAGUGGUUUAAGGGGAAACAUGUAAAUGUGUGGGAAUGGCCAAGUCAUAGCCCAGAUCUCAAUCCAAUCGAAAAUCUGUGGUCCGACUUAAAGAUUGUGUUCACAAGCGAAAACCAUCCAACUUGAAGGAGCUGGAGCAGUUUAGCAAGGAGGAAUGGUAAGAUGUGGCAAGCUCAUAGAGACUUAUCCAAAGCGACUUGGAGCUGUGAUUGCCGCUAAAGUAUUGACUUUAGGGGGGUGAAUAGUUAUGCACAUUGACUUUUUCUGUUAUUUUUUCCUAUUUGUUGUUUGCUUCACAAUAAAUAAAAAAAUCUUCAAAGUCGUGGGUAUGUAAAUUGAGAAUGAUCAAAAUCCUCAAACAAUCCAUGUUAAUUCCAGGUUGGGAGGCACUGGAAUCCGAAAAAAAGUCAAAGGGGGGGGGGGGGGGGUGAAUACUUUUGCAAGGGACUUUAUGUAUCAGUACUUUUACAGUGCAUCUGUUCUAGGUGGACAUGCACUUGAAGCUUGUGCCCUGUUCAUGAGAACUAUUCAAAUGACAGAUUUUAUGAUAAGAAGGAAAUUGCAUUGUGAUAGAGCUGGAAUUACUGAAGGGUAUGACAAAUUCAUCCUCAGAUCAAGGCUUUAUUGGAAGGAGAUGCAGCAGUUCAGAGUCAGAGGCAAAAGCCAUAAUAUUAAAGAUGAUGUCCAGCGGUCGGACCCCCGCGAUCAGACACUUAUUCCCUAUCCUGCGGAUAGAGAUGAGUUUAUUACAGCUGGACAUCUUCUUUAAAUGAAAUUGUGCACCCAUGACAGUCCAUCUGUAGGAUACAGACAGCAAUAUAAAGCUCAGAGGAAAUAGGAAGCAGACUUGCUUUAUACAUAGUUGUACUUUUCAGAAAUAUGUUCAUCCAUUCCAGUUUUCUAUAGAUUAAUGAAUGCAACUUUCUAAUAUAUUUUAUGUUGGUCUCUCUGCUUGCAUAGAAUGGAAAACAUAUGAUACAUGUUAAAUGUUACUGUCAAAAAUAUCUUUUGCUUCAUGGGGUCUGGGUGCUGAGACCCCCACAGAUUACUAGAAUGACUAGGGAGAAGAGUCUUGCUGAGCGAUUCCUCUUCCUGCAGGAGACUGAUUCUAUGGAAAGUCAGCUGAGUGCUUCUCCCCAUUCUCAGCACCUAGACUAUGACUAAGCAAAACUUUAGACAUGUCAAAAGCUUAUUGUUUUUUAUGACUGAAACACCUGAGAUGUUGAAGACCUUUCCUGUUUAUUUCUAAGUGACACAGGUGCAUGAAGAGGUAAGGCUCUGUUCAUAUUAGCAUUCAUAACUGAUCCUUUCCACAAAUGUUGGCAAACCACAUUAAAGGGGUAUUCUGGGCAAAAACAUCUUAUCCCCUAUCGAA